GGCGCUAGUUCACGCUACUUGGUCCGCCGCUGACACUUAUCGGAGUGGCGGCGGGGCAGUGGUUGGUACAUCCGAGUGUAUUUCGUAGUGAGGGCUAGAGCGGACGGCAAGGUUUUCUCAGCGUGAUCGCGAGCCAGUCAAUCGAGUCAGUUGGACUCAGUGUGCGAGCGAGUAACAAGUUGAUAACCAGUGGACGUCGAAGUGAUGGCGGCCCUUAAACGAAUCACCAGCCUAAGCCGGGCGCUUGCAACAAUAACGUCCGCGUCGCGGCCCUGUCUGCAACAUGCCUCCAGAAAAACGUUUUUCACGUAUGUGAACGAGCCAUCCAUGCCGAUCCCCGCCAAGGAGCCCUGCUGGCUGAAGACCGCCGACGAAGCCAUCGAACAGGCUGAACUUGAUUCAGAUCAAGUGGUGUACGUACAGGGCGCGGCGGCAACUCCUGUUGAAUUGUUAAGAGCGAUGACCGAUUACGGGGUACGCUGCGAUGUGAGAAACGUCCGUUUGUAUCAUAUGCAUCUCGAGGGGCCAGCUCCGUUCGCUAAGCCAGAAAAUGCAAAGCACUUCAGAUCCUUCAGCUUGUUUAUCGGCGGCAACGUGCGGCCCGCGGUGAACACUGGCACCGCCGACUGCAUUCCCAUUUUCCUGCACGAAAUUCCGCGCCUCUUCAAAGACGAGAAAGGUUACUGCUCGUUAGGCACCAGCGUAGACUGCGCUCGGUCGGCUGUUAGUCAUUCCAAACGUAUCGUAGCAUUAGUCAAUAAGCACAUGCCCAGGACCUUCGGUGACGCUCUCAUCCAUGUCAGCCAUCUGGAUUUCGCCGUGGAGCAUCACAAGCCGUUGCCGGUCCACCCGGUGAAGGCGCCCUCUAAGGCCGAACAAGAUAUCGGCAGGCACAUCGCCGAGAACCUGGUGGUGGACGGCGCCACGUUGCAGCUGGGUAUCGGCAGCAUACCCGACGCUGUGCUGUCGCUGCUGGGCAACCACAAGGAUCUUGGAGUUCACAGCGAGAUGUUCAGCGACGGUGUGGUGGAUCUCGUGAACAAGGGCUGCAUCACGAAUAAUCAGAAGACGAUGCACCGCGGUCGUAUCGUUGGGUCGUUUUGCGUGGGCUCGGAGAAACUCUACGAAUUCAUGGAUAACAAUCCUUUCAUAGAAAUGUUGGUUGUGGAUUACGUUAAUGAUCCCAGAAUAGUCGCCAAGCAGCCUAAGAUGACGGCCAUUAACUCGUGUAUCGAGGUGGACAUCACUGGGCAGAUCUGCUCGGACAGUAUUGGUACGAGAAUGUAUUCCGGUUUCGGUGGACAACUGGAUUUCAUCACGGGCGCGUCAAUGAGCGAGGAUCGGCAAGGAAAGCCGAUCAUAGCGCUUCAAUCUGUCACCGCUAAAGGCCAGAGCAAAAUACAACCGGUUCUAACAUCGGGUGCUGGAGUGGUGACUAACAGAGCAGUGGUGCGAUACGUCGUGACGGAACAAGGAAUCGCCAGCCUGUUCGGCAAGAGUCUUCAACAACGAGCGUACGAGCUGAUCCAGGUCGCCCAUCCGGAUCACAGAGAGGCGCUCGAGAAAGCAGCGUUCGAACGCUUGAAAGUGAUGCCUGCGCCAUAAAUCGAAGACACGCGAAACGGAAAAGUCUCAUUUAAUAGCAUUUUACAAGCGGUCGUCCGCGCGCGUUAGCUGCGCGCAAUAGACAACCGUCACGAAGUGUCUUCUUGUACGAUGUCCGCGCUCUCUUGCCGGAAGAUAAACUCUCUUGCCAUUGGCUUCCAAGAAUAAGAGAGUGACGCACUAGACCGAAAAUCUAAUACGUUAAAUUGUAACAUUAUAUAUGUAAGAAUCCGCAACGGUAAAUAUGCAUGAUCGCGCUCGUUUCCAUAUACAUAGAUAAUACUUAUUUAAACGUGUUUUAUAUCACGAAGUGACGUGUUCACGCGCAACUGAAACAAGAUUCAAAUAAAAAAACGGUGCUUGCCAGUGCUGUUUCCGAGAUGUAAACAGUUUUUUAUAUUAAAUUUGUUAAUGUUCCUUUGUAUAAUUUCCUUUGUUACCAUUAUAUUAAAAUCGAAAUAGCAACAUGCAGGAAGAAAUAUAUAAGAUGAGAACGCUGA